AAGAAUGCCGAUUUGCAUUGUUGUUAUCCGGUUUGCUUCGUUCUGCGUUCCUUCGUCCUCUCCUCAUCCACACUCUUUGUUUCCGUCUUCUAUCCCCGAGAGACAGAGAGGAGCUUCUUGUGGGUGAAAGAUGGAUUCAGAUGACGGCUCCCACGCCGCUAUGUCGCGCGACAUCGGCAGGAGAAAGAGGACCAACAGGUCCGCGAAAUUGAAGCAGUGCAAGCUCGAUGCGAGGCGCGAGCAGUGGCUGUCGCAAGUGAAGAGCAAGGAUUGCGUGGUGCGGAGCAGGGCACCUUCUGAUUCUCCUCCUCUCCCUCAUCCGACGCUCUCGAAGGAGUUAGGUCGCAGGCCGAAGGAAGAGGAGGAGGAGGAGGAGCAUCGGGAUGAGGUGGGGCUUGAUGGAUCGAGCUUUCACGGCAGCGAGGAAGGUUCUCCGACUCACCGCAGCCCUCUUCCCGGAUGCCCUAACAAUAGUAUUAGUAGCGGGAGCAGCUUUGGCUCCUCCUCGAGAAGCAUCAGCGAUGCCGAAGUGGAGGAAGAUGAUUCCGAGGAGAGACGAGAAGAUAAAGGGGAAGUGGAGGAUUGGGAGGCCUUUGCUGAUGCUCUGUCUGCCGAUGAACCCAACCCGAACCCCGUAGCAACCAUCCCGGAAUCUACCGCAGCACCCGGCAACACGAUCAAGGAUCGCGGUGAGGGCUUGGAAAAGCCGGAUGCUAAGCAAGCGGUGCACAGGGCUUGGAGGCCAGAUGAUGCUUUCCGCCCACGGAGCCUGCCCAACCUCUUGAAGCAGCGGAGUUUCCCUGCCAGCAUGGAGCGGCACUACGCCGCAGCUGGGUGGGCUCAGCAUGGCAUCCUCUCCAAACCAUCUUCAUGCCCCAUCUGCUACGAGGACCUUGACCCGACUGACUCGAGCUUCCUCCCCUGUAACUGUGGCUUCCGCCUCUGCCUGUUCUGCCACAAGCGGAUUCUUGAGGUAGACGGGCGGUGCCCCGGGUGCAGGAAGCAUUAUGCUCCUGCGGUGGGUGGUGAGGUGGGCACCGUGAGAGGAAUGCCACCCUCGACUCUCCGCCUCUCUCGUUCUUGUAGCAUGAGUUCAAGAACUUAGGCGUAGCCGCAUGUUUCUGUUAUAGUGUACAUUGCCUUCCGAAAGGUGAAGAAAAGUGAUGGAGUCGGAGGCGCAUUCAGGCUGUGAACGAAUCUGUCGAGCUGUUUCCAGUAUUUCGCCUCUUACAUGCAUUUGGCUUCAGAGAUGGUGAGCUAGCUUAAUUCUAUUUAUUGAGCCAAGUUUAUGUCUAAUUAAUUUCCAUUUAGUUCUGCUUUCCAAAAACACAAAAAAUACAUAUUUCUAGACAUCUUCAGAAUUUUAUUGAAAAUGUGAGACUGGUAAGAUUCAUAUGAUAGGUAUAGUGUCUUAGUAGGAAUCAACCAUCGAGGAAAUGUAUUCCACCAAAAAAUUCUCAUUUGAUUGGCCUACAUUCUUGACAGAGUCCUACAAUUUCAGUUAUUUAGACAUGUCAGUGGUUGAUUCAUACAAGGGAUCUCAUAUUAAAUGGGAGCAUUCUUCUUUGAAAGAAUUGGCUGUACUAAUGAGUUUUAUUUUCAUUUUUUAAGAUAAGGUUUCAGUUUGGCAACAGUUGUCGUCGUCCUGCCUUCCUACUCCAUAUCCUUCUACAUUCCUUCUUUUUUGUUCUCUUUAUACUGUUCUGUGAGAAUCCAUGCAGCAGCUGAUUCCUUAUUGAUUUUGAUUUCAACAGGGAGUUGUCUUCAGUUUCAAUGGUUGAUUCAUACAAGGGAUCUCAAAUUAAAUGGGAGUAUUCUUCUUUGAAAGAAUUGGUUAUACUAGUGAGUUUUAUUUUCAUUUUUUAAGAAAGGUUUCAGUUUGGCAACAGUUGUCGUCGUCCUACCUUCCUACUCCAUAUCCUUCUUUCCUGUUCUCUUUAUACUGUGUGAGAAUCCAUGCAGCAGCUGAUUCCUUAUUGAUUUUGAUUUCAACAGGGAGUUGUCUUCCUGUCUUCUUCCUCCAGAUUCUUCUACAUUUCUUCCACCCUGUUCUCUUUGUUUUGUUCUUUGAGAAUCAUGGAGCAGUUGAUUCCUUAUUGUUCCAACAGGGUUGAGUUGUCUUCCUCUGUAUUCUUCUUUCUUCUUCUCUAUAUGCCGAGGUAUGGGGAAUCCAUGAAGUAGCUGUUGAUUCCUUAUGGAUUCCAGUCAGUUCUCUACUGUUUAGAAUUGAGCUCAUGUUUAGGUUCAGCAUAUUGAGGAAAGAGUUAAGUGAUGAAUGUUUAGCAAUUGCUCAAGGGUAAGCUUUGUAGUCAAAUUGACAAUAAACCAUGCAUCUUUCUUGACACCAAUUCUAGUGUUAUUGUGUGCUAUAGUACAUCUGUCAUAUAUGCACGAGGAAACCCUAAAUUGUUCUUUAUUCACAUAUUGUCACAUUUCCAUCAUGGGACAUGGAGUGGAAGAAUCAAGAUCUCCAGGAUGAGAUUAAUCAAACAUUGAAGAAUCAGUUGAUGCAGUUUAGAUCAUGUAAGGGUCAGAUCUACUCAGCAUACACAAUUAAUUCUCAGCUUUAGGGUUUAGGGGACAUGUUAGGAAGGGGAGUUUGUCUGGUACAAUGAACAUAGUUUAAUCUUUAUCAAAAAGCUUAUCCUGUUCCUCUUUCAUUCUUUUCUUCCCUCUCUGUUCAUUGACUUCAUUCUAUCCUUUUAUCUGUCAAACAAAAACCUAUCCAGCAUUAGAUGUGCAUCCUAAUUCUUCCAUCCCUGCUCUGUGAUUGUGCCCAACCCUAUUGCUGUAUCAUUGGACAGCAUUGUUGUUAUCACAUUUUCUACCCUAGCAUGCCACCCUCUGUUGGUUUUGUAUCUUCAUCAAUGUUACCUUUUCUAUCCAGUGGAAUGAAGGUUCUUUAGUGCUGCUUGAUAAAUAUGUUGGAGCUUAUUUGGAGCUUGAUGCAUGUGUAUCUUUAGAAGUCUGGAAGCUUAUAUGAAAAAUUCUAUUGGACAUGUAGAAGCUGUAUCUUAUCAUAUGAAGUUGACUUUUUCUA